GUUUAUCUGAUAAGGGCAAUAAGGAAGAAACAGCCGUUACUGAUUAACUCCAACAGACUUUACACUGCAGCCUUCGAUAUUCAACAAGAAGCUGAGUCCCUCUUUCAAAAGGGUUACGUUUUGUUUCCGGCAGCUGUGUCACAAUGAGCGACAUUUCAGAAGACGAUAACGAGAUCUCCUUCUCGUUGAAGUUUCUUGGCCGAGUCAAGGUGGGCCACCCAGGUGGACUGCAGACCCUGGAUGAAGCCAAUCAGGACUUAAAGAAACCAGAGAAUCACAACUUAGAAAAGGCAGCGAAGAAGAGCAAAGUCCAUUUCUUCCUGACAAUGAGCGGGAUAGACAUUUUGGAAAACAAAACCAAGUUUUUGGUGUACUCGUGUCCUCUGACCAGUAUUUCCUUCUGUGCCGUGAUCCCAUCUUCACCUAAAGUCUUUGGCUUUGUGGCGCAAAACCCUGCUGCAGACACGUACUACUGUUAUCUGUUCCAGAGCACGAAGUUUUCUCAUGUGCUGGUGUCCUUAAUCGGGGACGCCUGCCGAGCUUCAAAAACUGAGAGAAACACCAGGGGAACCCGAGAUCUGAAAGUGGAAGCACUCAGACAUAAGAAUAAACUGCUGCAAAGAGAGAAUGAGGAGCUGAAGAGGAAACUUUUACAGCAGACUGAAGCUUGAUAAUCUAAGGUGUAGGGGCGCGCUGGUGGCACAAUGGUUAGGGCGCGUGUCCCAUGCAUUGAGACUCUCGUCUCGAGCAGUAGGCCCAGGUUCACUUCCACCCGUGGCCCCUUUCCACAUGUCAUCCCCCGCUCUCUCUCCCUGGUUUCUGAAUCUAUCCACUGUCCUCUCUCUCUGCAUUAAAGGCACGAAAAGCCCAAAAUAAAUCUUGGAAAAAAAAAUUAAUAAUAAUCUAAAGUGUAGCACCUGUACACACAUGAACACAAAAAUACUCUUUCACAUCCCUUUCUCUGUUUUGAGAUUUACACAAAAUGUUUCUUCAGGAAAUUCUCAAGCAGGUUGAUUGAUCACAGUUAAGGAAAGGACGAAUGGAAAAAUUAUAUUGACAAUAAAGUCUCAGUUGACAAAAAAUA